AAGAUAUGACAUUGAAAAUAAAUAAUGAUGUCUUUGCUGUACUUAUCUUAAAUUAUAAUAUUUGGAGAUUCAUAACUAGUUUUACAAAUACAUAUCUAAAAUUGCUAUUGACACUUUUAAAUUAUUAAAAUGGAAAAUAAAGAAUCUGUCGAACAUUUGGUGGCCCUUAAAGUUAUGAGACUUACGAAACCAGCACUAAUAAGCCCUAAGAUAGUUACUUGUGAUUUUAAAGAUUUGCCUGGUAAUAUUUUAAACAACUUUUUAAAAGAUGAUGCGACUUCGGUGGUUCAAAUGGAAACACUAGCUGCUGGACAGUUUUUGUUAUUACCACAAAGUUUCGGUAAUAUAUACCUGGGUGAAACAUUUUCGUGCUAUGUAUGUGUGCACAAUGAGACAAAUCAACCAGUGCAAAGUGUAUCUAUCAAGGCUGACUUGCAGACAAGUUCUCAGAGAAUUCCAUUAACUACUCAACAAAACCAGUCUCCUAUCAUGCUAGAUGUUGAUGAAACACUCAGUGACGUGAUACAUCAUGAAGUUAAGGAUUUGGGUACACAUAUCCUCGUCUGUGAAGUUACAUAUAUGUCAAACUAUAGUACACUAGCAUCAUUUAGAAAGUUCUUUAAGUUUGAAGUACUAAAACCUUUGGAUGUCAAAACUAAAUUCUAUAAUGCUGAAUCAGAUGAUGUCUUUGUAGAAGCUCAAGUACAAAAUAUAACAUCUGGGCCAAUUAUACUAGAGACAGUUGCUUUGGAGAGCUCCCAUCAAUUCACAGUUAAGUCAUUGAAUGAAGAUGACAAUGGUGUAUCAGUUUUUGGUGAUGUGACUUUAUUGCAACCACAGGAAAGUUGUCAGUACUCAUAUUGUCUUACACCAAAAGAGAACAUAUUGAAAGAUAUCAAAUUAUUGGCAGCAGCUAAAAAUAUUGGUAAAUUGGAUAUAGUGUGGAGGUCUAACUUAGGUGAGAAGGGAAGACUGCAAACUAGUCAACUGCAGAGAAUGAUUCCAGAUUAUGGAGAUAUAAGAGUUACUUAUGAAAAUGUUCCAAGUAGAGUUCCUAUUGAUGAGCCUUUUAAAUUCAAUUGUAAAAUUGUGAAUGCCAGUGAGAGAACACUCGAUUUGAUUCUCAAACUCCGUUCACUACAAAAUUCUAGCCUUCUUUGGUGUGGUAUUUCAAAUAGAAAAUUAGGGCCUUUGGAACCAGGCAAUACCACAAUUGUCAAUCUUACCGUUCUACCAAUAAAUUCUGGUCUUCAUACUGUAACUGGAGUGUCUUUAGUAGAUUUAUUCCUAAAAAGGACUUAUGAUUAUGAUGAUUUAGCUUCUGUAUAUGUAUGUUGAUGAUAUAUAAGUAUAAUUAAAAAUAUUUAAGAAAAUAAUAUUUAAUAACCUAUUUUAAAUAUAGUUUAAAUCGUUAAUACCAUGUAUUAAAAUAUGUUACACAUAAAUAAAGUUAUGAAGUAAUGA